UCCUGAGUGGCUGGCGGUGGCGGCCAUUUUGUAGUGCUGCCUCCCUCUCUUGCUCGGACUGCGGUGUCGGGACCUGGCGCGGGGGCGAGGCGGAGCGAGGGGAGCUGGGGCCCGCACCUUCCCUUCUCGUUGCGCGGCGGAGCCCCCCCAGCGCGCCCCCCGGAGACGGCUGCGGACGGCCCUCACGCCGUGAUGGAAGACGACGGGCAGCCCAGGACCCUCUAUGUAGGAAACCUCUCCAGAGAUGUGACUGAAGUACUUAUACUUCAGUUAUUCAGCCAGAUUGGACCAUGCAAAAGCUGUAAAAUGAUAACAGAGCAACCCGAUAGCAGAAGGGUCAACUCUUCUGUUGGAUUUUCUGUUUUGCAGCAUACAAGCAAUGACCCUUAUUGCUUUGUGGAAUUUUAUGAACACAGAGAUGCAGCUGCUGCAUUAGCUGCGAUGAAUGGGAGAAAAAUUUUGGGAAAGGAGGUCAAAGUAAACUGGGCAACAACACCGAGUAGCCAGAAAAAAGAUACAUCCAAUCACUUCCAUGUGUUUGUUGGGGAUUUAAGUCCAGAAAUAACAACAGAAGACAUCAAGUCAGCAUUUGCUCCUUUUGGUAAAAUAUCGGAUGCACGGGUAGUUAAAGAUAUGGCAACUGGAAAAUCAAAAGGCUAUGGUUUUGUAUCAUUUUAUAAUAAACUGGAUGCAGAAAAUGCAAUUGUGCACAUGGGAGGCCAGUGGUUGGGCGGCCGUCAAAUCAGAACUAACUGGGCAACACGAAAACCACCUGCUCCUAAAAGUACACAAGAAAAUAGCACGAAACAACUGAGAUUUGAAGAUGUAGUAAAUCAGUCAAGUCCAAAAAAUUGUACUGUUUACUGUGGAGGAAUUGCCUCUGGACUAACAGAUCAACUUAUGAGGCAGACGUUUUCACCAUUUGGACAGAUUAUGGAAAUUAGAGUUUUUCCAGAAAAAGGGUACUCAUUUGUCAGGUUUUCAACCCAUGAAAGUGCGGCACAUGCUAUUGUUUCAGUCAAUGGAACUACAAUUGAAGGACAUGUUGUUAAAUGCUAUUGGGGUAAAGAAUCCCCUGAUAUGACUAAAAACUUCCAACAGGUUGACUACAGUCAGUGGGGGCAAUGGAGUCAAGUCUAUGGAAAUCCACAGCAGUAUGGGCAAUAUAUGGCCAACGGAUGGCAAGUACCAUCUUAUGGAAUGUAUGGUCAAGCGUGGAAUCAACAGGGAUUUGGAGUAGACCAAACUCCAUCUGCUGCCUGGAUGGGUGGAUUUGGUGCUCAGCCUGCCCAGGGACAAGCUGCUCCUGUAAUACCUAAUCAAGCUGGAUAUGCCAAAUUACUUACAGAACCCUUAUCUCUUGGAUCAAGUUGAAAGGAAGGAGUUCUAACAGAAACUAAACAGUGAGCUAAAUUAUAACUGCAGAUACAUAUAUGCAACUCUGAUGCACACCUUAUGCAUGCAAUAGUGUCUGGAGUCAAUGUGGAACCCUAAAGUGCUUGUGAUGGCAGAAGUUGGGCCUUUAUCUCUCUGUUUCUCCUUUUACCUGCUGUUCUACUUAAGCUAGAAAUUUGUCUAAAUUUUGUAUAUAUGUGUAUCUUGAAGCAAAGAUUGGCUAAUACAUUGUAGUCUAAAAAUUUCCCGAAUAAGUCUGACUUCUUAUAACAUUUAUCUGGUUAAAAAAAUUUAAUGAAUCCUGAGUUAUUUGAAUUUGCAAGUUACUUUAAGGUUUGUUAUUUGCUUCCGUGUGAAGUGUGGGGGUUCUCCUUAAGGCUAGGUGUUGGAAUAUAACUAAAGCAGUAAAAUUGUUUGUGUUUUGAGUUUGUACUGUGACUUGAGCAGUAUGUUCUUUCAUGAGUUUACUCAAUAUUUGAUGCUCCCAGUACAUCAUCACAUAAACACCCAAUUGAAAUUGGGAAGAAAACUAAGGCCUUGAUCCUGCAAGAUCUCAGCACACAGAUCUUAGAAGUGUGAUAUGCCCAUUGCAGGAAAGGGCCCUAACUGAAGUCUCUUUUCUUCCUCCUGAGAGGCACAGUACACCGCUACCUCGAUAUAACCUUACCCAAUAUAACACAAAUUUGAAUAUAACCUGGUAAAGCAGUGCUCUGGGGGUGCGAGGCUGCGCACUCCGGUGGGUCAAAGCAAAUUCGAUAUAACACGGUUUCACCUAUAACACAGUAAGAUUUUUUGGCUCCCAGGGACAGCAUUAUAUCGAGGUAGAGGUGUAUUUGUCUUUCUCAGUUAGUUUCUUCUAAUUGUUUUUUUUAAUGCAGCUUUUCUUUAACACUGAUAUUUCUUUGCAGAAUACUCAAGAUACAGGAGUCUCCAGUGUCUUUAGACUAAUGAUUCCAUAGUACCGUGAGGAAGAGUUUAUACUUUGAUUGCUUUAUUCUCAAUAACACUCAUAAAUACACCAGUGACAGUUACCUUUCAUUUUUUUUGGCACCAAAGAGUCUCUUGCACCAUUCUGUUUUUAUGAAUGACUAUGUUGUAAUCCACUAUGCUCUCCAGUUGCCGAAGUCAACUACUACAUUACCCCUUGCAACUAGGAUUCUGGAUUUCAAACAACAUUGAGUUUUCGUGGCUGAAGUUGAUGGGUGAACUUGAGGCAAGGUUGUAAUCAAUGUUUUCAGAAAACAUUUAAAUAAAAGCAAAAAGUUAUAAAUGGUU